UCGGGUGAAACGUCAUUUUCUCACUGACGCAAAAUGAAAUUUUGUACGAGAUUUAGUUAAAUCUUUUAUCAAUUUGUUUUUGAUUAAAUUAGGCGGCUGCUUGUGCUAAAUUAAUACCAAAAUAUUAAUAAUUAAACAGGUUCUCUUGUCCAGUGAAUUUGGUUUAAAUAUCCACUGUUCCUGACAGGAUAGGAAUAUCGACGUAUCUACACGUAGUGCAUUGCAUAUUGCUGCCACAGGAAUCGGCCGGGAAUCACUUUGAAGAAAAUUUUACAUUUUAAGCCAUGCCAAAAAUGGCACAAGUGAAAGAUUUACACUUAGGUAAAAAUUUAAAUGAUUUGGAAAAACAUUCCGAGAUUCCUGAUGCGCGCACGAAGAAAACUCAUAUACUGGUUGAAUCAGCGAGGAAGUUGCUACGUGAAGCGGAUAAAUAUUAUCGAGAGGGCGACGAAGAGCUUGCCUAUGUCUUAUAUAUGAAGUAUUUCAAUUUACUUCAUUGCAUACAUAAAAAACCUGACUAUCCAGAACUUAAGCAUACUGUACGGCAAGCAUUAGGCGGCAAUUCCAAUAACAAGGUCACAAUGAACAAACUGGAGCUGCUUAACUCAUCACUUAGCCGCCGUUAUGAGGCGAAACAGCUUGCCCAUGCCGCUACGCAAUCCGCAGCCCUUGUAGCACCUCCUUCUAAACUUAGCGAACACGUCCGUGACUACAACGAGCUAAGUGCGUCAGAGAAAUUUGACCUGUUGAAAGCGGAUACACCAAGUCCUGCCACCUCAAAUUUUUUAGGCAGUUACUAUACGUUGCAAUCGUUAGGUAUCAUAAAAUGUGAAGAAUUAUUCGGACUUAUGAAGCAAAGCAAUGUGCUAGUAAUGGAUUGUCGAUCGAGUAAAGAUUAUGAGACAUCGCAUCUGACAUAUCAGUAUUCUUUUAAUGUACCCGAGGAACACAUCUGUGCAGGUAUGUCGGCUGGAAAACUACAAGACAAACUAGAAAAUGGUGCCAAGGUUUUAUGGUCAGCUCGCUCAGUAAAAGAACAAGUUGUGCUAAUAGAUUGGAAUAGUAGAGAUGCCAACCCGCCUCCAACUUCCUCUAUUGGAAUUCUGCUCGAUAUACUACAAAAAUGGGACCCAGAUGUAAUUUACCGUUCACCAAUCAGAAUUCUACAAGGUGGCUACGAGUUCUUCAUUAUGAUGUACCCAACAUUGUGCACUAAUCCCAGCGUGCAAGCGCCGCAACAGAACAACAACGAUUUUGAUUUAAUUGACGACAUUGAAUAUCCAUCAAUAAAUGAUAUUACAAUGAAGGAUGAAAUAAGUGGUCAGAGUUAUACGUCCAGGCCAGGAAGUAGUUUGUCGCGACCCCUUACUUUCGCAUUGUCACCACCACCAAGCGUUGAUCGCUCUAGUAAAAUGGCUGCAAUGAAAACGUACGAACAGAAGCAACAACCUAUUGUUGAGCUAGCUAAGGAGCAGAAAGAGUUGAUGGAGAAAGCGCAAGUUAAUGAUGAACAGCUAAAGAAAGCUUCACAAAAAUUGGACUCUAUAUUUGAGAAAAAUAAACAAAGUCCCGAUAAAAUGCCAAUGUCAGCAACCGAAAAAGAACUGCUUUACUAUAUAAUGCAGUUAGAGAGUGAAGCUACAGAUUAUAAAACUGAGAACGAUCGCCUUUUAGAUGAAAUCGAGAAAUAUAAACUCAUUAAAAAAGAAGAAGAAGAUGAGUUAACACCCAACGAAAAAGCUGAUAUCGAAAAGACUACACGCCAAAUUGAGGAUAAAAUACAAGAGCGACAAAGGCUUAACGAGCAGCUGGAACGGGAAAAACAACAACGUGACCAACAGUUAGCCACGGCAAUGGCGCUAGCACGGGCACCAAUGGACAAAGAUGACGAUAUAUCCAAACCAAAAAUACCACAGUUCGAUCGAUCUGUAAAACCGCAGAGCAGUACAUCCACCUAUAUAAUAGAUAGACAACGCGAUUUCUCACCGGUACCCGGCGCAGUGGGUCGCGGCUUGACCGGCCUAAAAAACUUGGGCAACACCUGCUACAUGAACAGUAUAAUACAGUGCCUCAGCAAUACCCCACAGCUCACCGAAUACUGUAUAACUGACAAAUAUAAGAACUACAUAAGUCGCAGCAAUAAGACGAAGGGUCAUAUUGUCGAGGAGGUGGCGGCGCUCAUUAAAGUUUUAUGGAAUGGCAACUAUAAAUGUGUUGCUAGUAAGGACUUGCGUUACGUUAUGGGUCAAUAUCAGCAAAUCUUCCGCGGCAUCGAACAGCAGGAUUCACACGAAUUUCUUACCAUACUUAUGGAUUGGCUACAUUCCGAUUUGCAAACGUUGAACGUACCCGAGAAGGCACGUGAUAACAUAACACCGUCCGAGAAGGCGUGGCUUGAAUUUACCAAAGCAAAAGAGAGUCUCAUACUGCAUUUAUUCUAUGGCCAAAUAAAAAGUACCGUCAAAUGUGUCGACUGCAACAAAGAGUCGGCCACAUAUGAGUGUUUUUCGAAUCUAAGCCUGGAACUGCCUUCAAAUGCAAAUCUUUGCUAUCUUAGCCAAUGCAUGGAUAUGUACUUUAGCGGUGAACGUAUACACGGUUGGAAUUGUCCGAAUUGCCAGAAGAAACGCGAUGCUGUAAAGAAAUUGGAUAUUUCAAAACUGCCACCUGUAUUGGUGAUACAUCUCAAAAGAUUCUAUGCCGAUUCUGAUGCUGUUGGUAAUUCGUACAAAAAGAAACAAAACUAUCUACGCUUUCCGCUCGAAAAUCUCGAUAUGACACCCUACAUUGCCAAAUCCGAAUCGCGUUCGGUGACACCGAAAACGUAUCAACUUUAUGGCGUAUCUAAUCAUUACGGCUCCAUGGAGAGCGGCCACUACACUGCGUUCUGUAAAAGUGGUAAUUAUGCCAGAUGGUUCAAGUUCGAUGACCAGGUCGUCACGCCGUUGGAUACUUCUAAUGUGGUUUCCGGUGCUGCUUACAUACUCUUCUACACUUGGUUACCACCCAUUCAAAUAACCGAUAACAACAACACAAAUUAGCAGGGUGCAAAGGUUAAGUAUGAAGAUGGGAGUUUUUUUUUGUGCAUUUGCUACAUAACCUUGUUGACGUGAGCUGCGUGAAUAUUUAUCAAUUCGAAUGAAAUACACACGGUAAAUAUUUACAAAUCUUUAAGCUAGCGACACAUUGACACUCAUAAGCAGACAUUGCAUUUGUUAGCUAUUCGACCCUACGGAGGGUGAAUUGAUUGUUAUUCGUGCGUUUGGUCUAGUCGCAGUUAAAUGACUUGAAUUUUUUAAUCCA